UCACGACUCACAACACACCAUCACCCCAGUAAGCCAACCCCAGCUCUAACACACCUCACAUCACACCAUCCCCCACCCUACGCUCCCUGCCACACUCACCUCCUUGCGUAGCUGAGUUGCACUUACGGAUUCGUCGAUCUACUGACGGAACCCACAAAGUGCCUCUCUGCUUGGCAGCUCUCUCACGUCCCGCUUUCUUUCGCCCAUUUUCCCUCUCCCAGCGAAUCGACUCCCCGCUGUCUCCCUGUCCAGGCUUCUUUUUUCCAUCCGAGCAGUCGGAACCGUCUCCUCCCAAGCCAUGGCGUCGCUCUCCUCAGCCGCGUCGCUGAAUGCGCUCGGCUCGCUCGCAGCGCUUUCCUCGCCCUUGCCGAAUGCCAGCAGCGGCGCUGCGAUGCCAGUGCUCCCCGCUCGCCGCGGGGCAGUGCGCGCGCAGGGCGGCGGAAACGAGGGGCGCGACGAGGGCAGCGGGCAGGGCGCGUGGAAGCCGCCAUCGGACUGGGACAACGCGUGGGCGGCGUACAAGAAGGCGGCUCCCGCGCAAUCCCAGCAGCCGCGACAGCCGGGCAGAAGCGCGGCCGCGGGAACCGACAGCAGCGGCAGCGCUAGCAGCAGCGUCGGCGGGCGGACAUCUUCCGCGCGUGUACCCCCCGCGCCCGCCCCCAUGGGCGGGCUGUUUUCGCACAUGGAGCAGUACGUGUCGCGGGAGCCGCAGCGCGCGGACUACCCGCUAUCGGAGGAGGUGGAUCCGCUGCGCGUGACGGAGAAGCGGGUGCUGCGCGUGUGGACGGACGCGCGGUUCACGUACGCGGGGUUCGGCGUCAUCGUCGGGCUCUUUGUCUACAUGAUCGCCGUCGUCGGCCCGCCCUCCGCGUGACGCGGGUAAAGCUAGUGAAGGCGGUAAAGCCGCCAAACCCACGUUCUUGGGAGGGAAAGGCGGAUUGUGUGCUGGUAGUGGCGGGAGGGAGCAGCUGGCGGGGCGUGCACGCGUGCGGCUGGUUUCGUGUACCCCUUCUGGGCGGCGGGGCAGUUGCGUUGCGUGCUUUUUAGUGGAAGGAAAGAGGAGAGGAAGGAGUAGAGUAGCUUGGCUGAGCUUGGCUGGCUCGGCGUUGUGUGGUGUGCGUGGUGCUGGCGAGCGGUGCAUUGCAUUGCAUGGGUGAUGGAUGGGAUGGGAUCAUGGGAUGGCUUUGGCCUUGUGUGUGCGAGAUGCGCAGCUGAUUGUGUACAGGAAAUACAAUGGUAUGGAAAUCAAGCAGCAAUGGGAUGGAAUGGGAACUACCUCCAAACUUAGCUUAUGGAACAUUCUACUGGCAAAUUGAUUGCCACAUGGAACGGAGUACCCUG